AUGGACCAUCGAGUGGUCGUAUCUUUGUGCUGUUAUGGGGGUUACUUCACGCUCUUGUAUCCCACCGCUUGGUUCAACAAUCACAUGCUCAAGACACUCAUAUCCAACGGAAUUAAUCCUAUAAAAGUGAAUUUGGGAAGAAAACCCCGUAUGUUACAGCAGGUCCAGCGAGGCUCGCACUUGCUCACGCUCCUCAAUGGCUCGAAACAGAGCCAGGGCUGUGUUUUGGUGCUAUCCAUGGUCCUUGUAGCUACGGGAUUGGCGUUUACUUCUCUCGACAUUCCUGGUUCAUAUCUAUUCUUCGACAAUGUAUCACUCAAGCUACAAACUGGAAAAACCUUGGAUCAACCCACAAUCUUGGAAUAUCAAACUGCGAUAUGCCUCCAGAGCCUAGGGCAGUAUCACUCGGGCCGAAAGAAAUCAUGGCCCAGACAUGUGAUACCAGACUGGAACCUUGAAAGAAGUAGCGGUGUCAAGUCUAUGAGUAUACUAAAUGACUAUAUUUGCCUACUUCUCACAGAUACUAGUCCUGUCAUCGCUAUCAAUGGCGUGUGGCCUGCUCCCAUGAUCAGGGGAACUGUGAAUGACACAGUUGUUGUCAAAGUUCACAAUAGUCUCGGAAACCAGUCUUUGUCAAUUCAUUGGCAUGGUCUUCACAUGGUUGUCUCAGUCCUGAACGUCCAUUGUAUGCAGCUCGACGAGCCGGGGACAUAUUGGUACCAUAGCCACUCCCCCAGUCAAUAUGUCGAUGGUAUACGCGGUCCUAUCCUCGUCGACGACCCGUUUUCGCCAUAUGCGGAUCAAAUUGAUGGUGAGUUGGUCGUUACUUUAUCUGAUUGGUACCAUGUAUGUAUGCUUACAAGAGGGAUAAUAGCUUUGCCAGGGAAUCCAACUGCUCUUGAGCCUAUCCCCAUGUCUGCCUUGAUGAAUGACCAGUUGUGGCCAACGCUUUCCGUUCUACCUAACAAAACUUACUUUCUAAGGGUCCUCAAUAUAGCAGGUUACGCACAGUUCUAUUUCCACAUUGAUGCCCAACAUAUGACCAUCAUCCAAGCAGACGGCGUAUAUACAGACCUUCAACUGGUUCAGGAUCUCUAUCUUGCCACUGGUCAACGAUAUGGGGUCCUGCUACAUACACUGCCGACUGCAAGUCAAAAUUACGUGAUGUUGGGGGCCAUGGAUAUUGCAGGCUUCCCUGGAUCUGCACCAACCCCAGUUAGCCCGAAUGUGACAGGAGUAUUAGUAUAUGACCCAUAUCUAUCCAUUCCUUCAACUCCCUUGGUUGAACAGUUCAUCGCCUUCGACGACUUCUGCCUCACUCCUAUUGAUAGCAUACCUCUUCUUGACCCGCCUAACAAAGAAAUCGUGUUGAACUUGAGUACAUUUUCCCAGGUAGUCCCCUUGAAUGAACAGAAUCGUGGUGGUUUUAAUAAUAUUACCUACAUUACACAAAGAGUCCCAUCGCUAUAUACAGCUCUUUCAGGGGGACUAUACGCUUUAAACCCAAUUGUAUAUGGUAAUCAUUCCAAUGCAUUCGUUCUCAAUCUUAACGACAUAGUGGAGACAACAAUAUACAACUAUGAUACUGGACUACAUCCAAUUCACACUCAUGGUCACAAUGUUCAACUCAUUUAUCGUACAGGCAGCAGUUGCAAAAACCGAACAAUACCGAUGAGACGCGACACAUGGAUGGAACCACGUUGGAACAGUUUGGAUCCUAAUCAUCCGUCCACCGUCGUCCGUUUUGUAGCAGAUAACCCAGGCAUUUGGUUUCUCCAUUGCCACAUGGAGUGGCAUUUAGUCGCUGGAAUGGAUAUCAUCUUGGUUGAAGACCCGCUGCAAAUUCAGAGAGGACAACGUGAUAUACCAUUGUCGAUGAAGUUGAUCUGCUUGGAUCAGAAGAUCCCUCUGAAGGGCAAUGCAGCAGGCAAUUGGAUUAAUUUCUUGGAUCUGACAGGCGAGGUGAAUGUGGCUCCAAUGGAGUGCGGGUCCUUAUCCUCGACAACCAUUUUUAAGGUCGAAGAUCUAAGCACUGCGCCAUGA